AUGGUUGCGAAAAACUGCCACAGUGUUGCAAUCUACCACAUCGAACCGCCUCAAGACGGGCCAAUCUGUUCCAACUCGUAUAUUGAGCCCACUAUAAAACCACACGACCACUGCCCAGAACUGUACUUACUAAUGAGCCAAGAUCCAGUACCACCACAGAAACUCGAGGUUUCCACCUCAGUCAAGUCUUUGGACUCUGAGGAAACUUUUUAUGACAACCCUUUUCUUGACCCCAAGGUUGCAGAGUACUAUCGAGGGUUGUACGAGGCUUCGAAAUAUGAGUGCCGGGCCGCUUUUGAUCCGGAAUUUGACUGGACUCCGGAAGAAGAGAAAAAAUUGGUACGCAAGCUCGAUUAUAGAGUGGCUCUUACUGCCUGUAUUAUGUUUGUGAGUUUGCAAGUUGACCGAGGAAACUUGUCGCAGGCUGUUUCCGACAACUUUUUGACCGACUUGGGGCUUACAACCAACAACUAUAACGUGGGAAAUACCAUUUUUUUGGUGUGCUUUCUCUUGGCGGAAAUUCCUUCGCAGCUCAUAUCGAAAAGAUUGGGUCCAGAUAUUUUCGUGCCAGCCCAGAUUGUGUCUUGGAGUAUUGUUGCCAUGACACAAGGUGCUCUCAGUGGAAAAUGGUCUUUCUAUAUUACUCGUGGUUUAAUUGGUGGAUUGGAAGGAGGAUUUAUUGCCGAUUUGGUUCUUUGGCUUACUUACUUCUACAAGUCCAAAGAACUUCCAAUUAGGUUGUCGUGGUUCUGGACAACCCUCUCGCUUGUUCAGAUCGUUACUGCGCUUUUGGCAUUUGCAAUUCUUCGCAUGCGUGGUGUCCAUGGAAUGGCAGGGUGGAGAUGGCUUUUUAUCCUUGAAGGUCUCUUUACGCUUUUGAUUGGAAUUGCUUCGUUCUACUUGAUGGUUCCGCUGGCUGUGCAGACCAGAAACAAGCUCCAUCCCAAAGGCUGGUUUACCGAGAGGGAAGAGAAAAUCGUGGUUAAUCGAGUUCUUCGGGACGACCCAUCCAAGGGAGACAUGCACAAUAGACAGGCGCUUUCUUUGAGGGGGAUCUACAAAUCGUUGAGCGACUAUGAUCUCUGGCCAAUUUAUGCCAUUGGUAUAAUUGCCUAUGUUCCCACCGGUACAGUCAACACAUACUUGACGUUGUCGUUGAGACACUUGGGAUUUUCCACUUUAAACACAAAUUUGUUGACGAUACCCGCAGCGGUAAUUCAUAUUAUCAUGCUCUUGAUCCCUACGUGGGUCUCAGAAAGAAUUAACCAAAAGGCUCUAUUGGCAUUGAUAGUACCAUUGUGGACCAUACCCUUGAUCGGGGUGUUAGCGUUCUGGAAAGAUUCCAUGAAAAACCCUUGGGGAACUUGGACGGUAGCUACCCUUUUGAUUGGUGGGCCGUAUAUUCAUGCUAUUUGUGUGGCAUGGGUAUCCAGAAAUUCCAAUAGUAUUCGAACCCGAUCGGUGGGUUCUGCCGUUUACAACAUGAUGGUACAGGUUGGAGGCAUCAUCAGUGCCAACAUCUACCGCAAAGAUGAUGCUCCCAUCUAUCGCCGUGGAAAUAGGACUCUAUUUGGCAUUGCGAUAGCGUUGGUUCCGGUGUUACUUUUUGCUAAAGCGUACUAUGUUUUCCGCAACAAACAGAGACAGGCCAAAUGGAACUCUUUUACUGCUGAAGAGAAGGAAGAGUACCUCAAAAAUACAAAAGAUGAGGGAAAUAAGAGACUUGAUUUUAGAUUCUCUCACUAG